AUGGCCAGUGUGGACGGGGGAGAGCUAAGAGAGCCCAGAGGGGAGCCGCAGGCCCUGGAGCCGGACUGGCAUCAGAUUUUUGUCAACCGCAGCCUGGCGAUGGGGAAGACUGGCUGCUUCGGCUUUGACAUGGACUACACUCUGGCUGCUUACAAGUCCCUGGCUUACGAGACACUGGCCUUCGAGAUGCUGCUGGAGCACCUGGUGUGCAUAGGGUACCCGCACGAGAUCCUGCGCUACACCUACGAUCCCACCUUCCCCACCAGGGGGCUGGUAUUCGACGCGCUCUACGGAAACCUGCUGAAGGUGGAUGCCCACGGAAACGUGCUGCUGGGCACCCACGGCUUCUCCUCCUUCUCGGAGGCGGAGGUCUGCAGCUUCUACCCCAGCAAGUUCAUUAAGGGGGAUGAUCUGCAGCGGUUUCACAUCCUCAACACGCUCUUCAACUGACUGCUCUCCCCACUCCCGGAAACCUACCUCUCUGCCUGCCUGAAAGACUUCUUCUCUGGCUGCUCCCUACAUCAAGUCUGUGACAUGGGCUAUCAGCACGGGAACCUCUUCAUGUCCUUCCGAAGCCUCUUCCAAGAUGUGACGGAUGCCAUGGAUUAUGUCCACCUUUCGGGCUGUCUCAAGGAGAAGGCCUUGGAGGACUUAGAGAAAUAUCUGGAGAAGGAUGCAUGAAUCCCUGUCCUGCUGGACAAGAUGAAGGAGGUGGGAAAAGUGUUCCUGGCCACGAACAGCAGCUACAACUACAGAGAUGCCAUCAUGACCUUCCUGUUAGAUGCUGGAGAGGCUGAGGCUGCAGCCAGGCCCUGGACGUCCUACUUUGAUCUGAUUGUGGUGGACACACAGAAGUCUCACUUCUUUGUGGAGGCCACAGUGCUGAGACAGGUCAGUAUGGACACGGGCAAGCUCUGUGUUGGUACCUACACCAGCCCCCACCAGCACUGUGCUGUCUACUCUGGAGGAACCAGGUCAUCGGACAUGGUAUGUGAGCUGCUCGGGGUGCGGGGGAAGGACAUCCUAUACAUCGGCGAUCACAUCUUUGGGGACAUCCUCAAGUCCAAGAAGCUGCAGGGCUAGCAGACUUGUCUGGUGGUUCCUGAGCUGUCCCGGGAGCUGGGCAUCUGGGGCCCGAGAGAAGGAUGACGAAUGGAGAUGCUGAAGAGGCUGGACACGCAUCUAGCAGACCUGUACCAGCACACAGAUGGGAGUGGUUAAGGCCUGCAACUCAUCAACUCCACCGAGAGGGAGAUUCAGAUGCCCCAUGAGACAGCAGUGGAGCGAGAAAGGGCCGGUCUGGUUCCCGCCUUCAGCUUCUUCUCUUGCAGCCAGAGGGUGAGUUACUGGAAAAUGAGGGCUGCCAGCUGACUGGCCGGGGAGCUCAGAGACUUGGCGGCUCCUCUUG